UUCAGUUCCAGAGGAAAGAAAGGGAGAUAGAAAGAGAGGGUUUUCGAUUUCCAGUUAUCCCUGCAUCGCACAGUAGUGGAUUUAAAAUUAACCGCUUACUUGGCAAAUCUUAAUUGGUCUCCGUUGUUCCGUUGUUCUCCAUUUAUAGGUGUAUCCAGUCUGAAGCGUUUCUGAUAUAUAGUUUGAAUAUGCAGAAAAUCUCGCCAAAUGAAAACUUUUUUCAUUCACGGCAACGUACCCCAAAUUGCAUCCCAUGCAACAACGUGGGGAUGACCAUUAUCACGAACUUUUUGAAAUAUACACCUUAUAUAUGCACAGUUGAAUAACAUCACCUACGGCUCAAGCUGCCACAAUUAAGAUAGAAACCUAAAGUCUCGAGUUUGGCGUAUUUCUAGGUGUACACGUUAAUCGGCUUAAGUUGUUGGAGCAAACUAAUCUAUUUUUGUAUAAAACAAGUGGCGUAUGAUGCUUUAUUCUUUGCAGAUAUACCCACCCAAAGAGAAACAGCGAGCGAGAGAGAGAGAGAGAGCCGGGAGAGAAGAGAGGGGGGUGGGGAGUAUAAAAACGGGUAGUUGUAAACUGAUGAACUGCCCAAUUCCCACGUUAGAGACCAGUCAAAAAACACCAAUACUGUAAAGCUAAAAGCCAUUAUACGCAUUGUCACCCUCAUCCAAGAACCGGACAUUCUUAACACAGGAACGUCCUUGAAUAGGUAAAAAAUACUAGAUCACGAGAAAUGAAAAAAGCCCCAGUGGAGUCGGUGGUUGCGGAGCUCGAAGGCACCCUUCUGAAGGACCCAGACCCCUUCUCCUACUUCAUGUUAGUGGCAUUCGAGGCCUCGGGUUUGAUUAGGUUUGCGUCGUUGCUGAUGUUAUGGCCCGUGAUUCGCUUGCUGGACAUGAUGGGCAUGGCGGACGCCGGGCUCAAGCUUAUGAUCUUUGUUGCAGUCGUGGGUGUUCGUGAAGCCGAGAUCGAAUCAGUGUCGAGGGCAGUUUUGCCAAAGUUUUAUAUGGAUGGCAUUGAUACGGAGGCAUGGAAAGUCUUUAGCUCGUAUGACAAGAGAGUUGUAGUGACCAAGACACCGAGGAUUAUGGUGGAGAGGUUUGUGAAAAAGCAUUUGCGAGCUGAUGAGGUUCUCGGAAGCGAACUUGUUCUGAACCGCUUUGGUUUUGCAACGGGUUUUGUCGAGGAAUAUGAUAUUCGUCCUCUCUCUGAUCGGGUGGCAAAGCUUUUUGUAGAUGAACCGCCAAGUUUAGGAUUAGGAAGGCCUACAUCAGCCGCUGGUUCUUCGUUCUUGUCGCUAUGCAAGGAACAAGUGCACCCAUCAAUGACCAGCAACCAAAAGCAAGACCGCCAGGUCCUCCGCCCGCUACCGGUAAUCUUCCAUGAUGGCCGCCUAGUCAAGAGGCCAACACCAUUGACUGCCCUCCUGAUACUCUUAUGGAUUCCCUUAGGCAUCUUGCUUGCAAUAAUCCGCAUUGUUGUGAGUUUGAUGGUACCAAUUUGGGCUAUUCCGUACUUGUCUCGGCUAUUCGGUGGCGAGGUAAUUGUCAAAGGCAAACCACCCCCGCCUGUGUCUGGUGGCAACACUGGGGUACUAUUUGUGUGUACCCAUCGAACCCUAUUGGACCCCGUGGUCCUUUCCACCGUACUCAGACGUAAAAUCCCAGCUGUGACAUACUCCAUCUCUCGAUUAACAGAGAUCCUAUCACCAAUCCCCACCAUCAGGUUAACACGAAUACGUGAAGUGGAUGCAGAGAAAAUCAAGCAACAAUUGACCAAAGGAGACCUAGUGGUUUGUCCCGAAGGAACAACAUGCAGGGAGCCCUUCCUUUUAAGGUUUAGCGCACUAUUUGCUGAACUAACAGAUCGAAUUGUACCGGUGGCUAUGAAUUAUCGUGUUGGGUUCUUCCAUGCAACAACGGCUGGGGGUUGGAAAGCACUGGACCCCAUUUUCUUCUUCAUGAACCCUAGGCCUGUCUAUGAGGUCACGUUCUUGAACCAAUUGCCAGUUGAAGCAACAUGUUCCUCUGGGAAAAGCCCGCAUGAUGUUGCAAACUACGUGCAAAGGAUCUUGGCUGCUACGCUAGGGUUUGAGUGCACGAACUUUACAAGGAAGGAUAAGUACAGAGUGCUGUCUGGAAAUGAUGGAACUGUGUCUUAUAAUUCGAUCAUUGAUCAGUUUAAAAGGGUGGUGAGCACCUUCAAGCUGUUUAUUCACUAAGUUUAUAUUAGGCUAAGAUUGAUUUCUUUAACUUUCUGUCUGCUAGAUGAUUUUUUUAUGGUAGUAAUUUUCUUUAUUUUUAAAUUAUGAAGUUAAUUUGUGAUCUCGAAUUAUUAAUGUAAAAUAAUUAUGUAUGAAGGUGGCUAAUGUUUGUCUAGUACUACAGGCGCCGUUACUGUCAUGAUCAGUUACGUACCCUUUUGGGAGUAGAAAAGAAAAAUACGAUUCAGACCAAUUUAUCUAUAAGUUCAUAA